UUCCUUCAAGUCCAACCACAACCGCAACUUCCAUCCAAUCCAAUUUUUUCGCAUUCUCAGUUGCAUACAUAGCCUCCUUGCUCGAAUUGAACCAAGAUUUUUUGUUUUCAAGUUCUGAUCAAGUUUUUCCUUUUAGUUGCUAGCUGGUUCGAUCUAUAGACUUUUGCCUACUCUUCCACGACAAACUACAAAGCUUUCGUCUCUAAUGCCAGGAACCAUCCAAGUUUCAGUUCUGGAAUUCAUGACUCUGCAAUCAUCAUCGCGUCUUUCACAAAUGUCAAUAAAGAUUUCCAUGGGUAAAAGAGAGUACCAAACUUUUGACAAAGGGGACUUUUCUUUUCCAUUAACAACUCUUCGCGACAAUUUGAUUGUUACACUUCAGGACUCUAAAGGAAAGGAAAUAUCACAUACAGUUGUUGAGACCAGGUUUGUUAUCGAGAAAGGCAUUUGGGAUAACGUUUUUCCCUUUGAAGGAGGUGGGCAUGUGCAUAUGAAGUUGCAGUUUGUCCUCAGUGAAGAAGAUCGCCACCGCAUCCGUGUAAUGAGAGAAUCGGCACUGAGAAAGAAACAUGAAGAACUUCUCAACGGUAAACCAAAAAGUCCAGCACGAGCCACUACUGUUAGUAAUUUUGCACAAUAUUUGCAGCCCAAUCGUGACACCUUAGAUUCAAAUAAUAGCCAUUUUCAAAGGGAAGUGAUUCAAGCUGGUUUGAGCUCAACCGUUCUCUCCACUCGUUUCAAGAAAGGAAAAUCUGGUCCCCAGGACAAUGAACUAGCUUAUUACUUUCAGAAGCAAACAGACCCAAAUGAUACAGACAGAUUUGAAAGCACUGCAUCUAUCACAACCGAGUCGCACAGAAUUGAUAUCCAUCUAGAGGAAGUAACCAAUGGAAUGUUGGUUGAGAAGAAUCCCAUUAAUGCUCUUGCCAGAACCAAUUUUUCAGAAGAAGCUUCAUCUUUGGGAAGCUCAGGAUCCGUAGUUGCUGCAAAGAAACAAGAUCCUGUAAAACUUAAGUCGGAUGGUGCUACUGAUCCAGAGAAGCGGAGCUCACUGAAGAAAACUCCAAGCAAGAUAAGAAACAUGAUAAGUGCAUUUGAAAGUAGUUUAAAUCAGGAUAUGAAACCUGAAAUAAGACCGGCACCAAUAAAAUCUCAGUCAAGCAAGAAUAGAGUGGAAGUUGCUUCAAAAAGUACACACCUAACUGAAGUCAAGGCAGAAAAUGCUGAACCAGCAAACAUUUCGGGCAGAGUCCGCGAUCCUAGUCAUUCAGGUGAUAUGCAACAAGCCGCUGCACAUAUCGGAAAAAGAAAAGAGCAAAUUGGUUUUGUUAGUCAGUCAGAGCAGUUAAGUGAAAGAACUUCAGUUUCAGGAAGAUUGCUUAAUGCUAAAGGUGCACAUCCGUUAAGUAACCUGUUUGCCUGGAUAAGACAUUCCACCGGCAAUUUGUUAAAACAGAAGAAUGGAAAAGAGAUUCAGCUGGAAACUUUACAAGAGGCAAACUUUCAAGGUUCAUCAGGAGAUGAGCCUCAAUCCUCAAAUGGUGCCUGGAUAUAUCCUGAUGGAGGAAAACCCUUGUGUAUCACAAGUGGUGGAAAAAAAAUUAUUGAUCUGAAAGGAAGUUUCCACACAGAAGCAAAAAGGCAACAGCUAAGAGCAAAUUCUCAUGUGACAGAAAAUGUGAAAGAGUACUGUACUCAGAUUCAGGCUCAAGAAGGCAUUAAAGCUGCUAGAAGACACUCAGAAUCAAAUAAUGAGGGUUCUAAAGAUGCUGAAAGAGGGCCAGCGGUACAGGUGAUGAGAGUUGCAAUCAUGGUUGGUUUUGCAACGCUAGUUUUCUUCACUAGACAGAGAAAACCAGGCAACUAAGCUAGCUGAUGGAGCUAUUGAAAGCAAGGGAAUAGAUGUAUCUAGCAAUUGUUUUGUAAUUAAACACUUUUUUUUUUCCACUGAACAUACAGAGACAUAUAUCAUAUUUGUAAAUGAGAAGAGCGUUGUAAAGUCAUUCAGAUGAUUUCACUUAUUAUUCCAGUAGAAAUUUCUUUCAAUGUUUCACCUCA